GAUACCAAGCUAGACUAUGGCUUGCGGAUGGGGGUCAUUUUCAAUGAAGGCAAGAAACGGCAGCUUUCCCCUCAAGCCCUUGUAUCAACCAUGCUCUACACCCAGGCCUUGCUUAGCGAAUAGUGCCCUGAAAUUUGGGAGAGAGCCAGGUUUUGCGGUAGCUUAUGUUAGACUUUUGGAAAAUCAUUUCUCCCUCAGCAUCACAAUCCGUAGAAGUGGAAGGUUGGACUAGAUGAUCUGUGAGGUUCUUUUUCCCAUGUCCUGCAGAACUAUUUGGCACGGGUUGAGAAGUUCAGCUUUAAUAUCCCAUUAGGCUCCAUACUACUGUUUCCAUGGUGCCCUAGCAGCUACAAGCAGCAGUAGCAUGUAAGCCUGUAAGUAUGAUAGAUAAUGCUUCACACCAGAACUUUCAGUAUAUUCCACUUCCUUUGGACCACAACUCCCAACCUGCCCCUACUUAAAAAGAGUCAUGAGUUCCACACUACAUCUCCCGACAUGCCCCCAUCCACCCUGACUAUGCUCCCAACGCUCCAGGGUUUUGCAGCCCGAGCCGCAGGGCACACCGGGACUUGUAGUCUCCUCGUGGCUGGCUCAGAAGGAAGAGGCUCGUCUUUUGAAACGUGAAGUCGAUUUCUAGAAGGCCCGAGGCCUUCCUCUCCCCCGGAGCACACAAGCUUUUAAGGCGGCCCCUGAAAAGCCACUCACCGUCAGAGACUGCUGGAGCUGAGGUUGCGCCAUCGUCACUGUCGGCGGCCAUGACACCGCGCGUCCCUCGCCUGAGUAUUCUGUGGGCCAUCAUGAAGAAGCCACGAGCAGCUGUGGAAAGGCGUUGCAGAAAGCAGGCAUCCAGCCAGGCGGGAAGGGAAAACCAUGCCCUCAGCAGCAGCCAGGCCAAGCCCUCCGCCCCUGAUGGCCUGGCCAAGCCGCAGGAGGAGGUGGUAUUGCAGGCCUCUGUCUCUCCGUACCACCUAUUCAGAGAUGCAGCUGAGGUCACAGUCUUCCGGGAGAGACUGCUGAGCUGGUACGACCAAGAGAAGCGGGACUUACCCUGGAGAAGGCGGGCAAAGGGCGAGGUGGACCUGGACAGGCGGGCGUAUGCUGUGUGGGUCUCAGAGGUCAUGCUGCAGCAGACGCAGGUUGCCACGGUGAUCAACUAUUAUACCCGAUGGAUGCAGAAGUGGCCAACACUGCAGGAUCUGGCCAGGGCUUCCCUGGAGGAGGUGAACCAGCUCUGGGCUGGCCUGGGCUACUACUCUCGAGGCCGGCGGCUGCAAGAAGGAGCCCGGAAGGUGGUAGAGGAGCUAGGGGGCCAUGUGCCACGUACAGCAGAGACUUUGCAGCGACUCCUGCCUGGUGUAGGACGGUACACAGCUGGAGCCAUUGCUUCCAUUGCCUUCGGCCAGGCAACCGGUGUGGUGGAUGGGAACGUAGUACGAGUGCUUUGCCGUGUCCGAGCCAUUGGUGCUGAUGCCAGCAGCACCCUUGUCUCCCAGCAGCUCUGGAGCCUAGCCCAGGAGCUGGUAGACCCGGCCCGGCCAGGGGACUUCAACCAAGCAGCCAUGGAGCUGGGGGCCACAGUGUGUACCCCGCAGCGCCCACUCUGCAGCCAGUGCCCUGUGCAGAGCCUGUGCCGCGCACACCAGAGGGUGGAGCGGGAGCAGCUCCUAACAUCACAGAGCCUGCCAGGCAGUCUUGACGUGGAGGAAUGUGCUCCUAACACUGGGCAGUGCCAGCUGUGUGCGCCUCCUACAGAGCCCUGGGACCAGACCCUGGGAGUUGCCAACUUUCCCAGAAAGGCCAGCCGGAGGCCCCCCAGGGAGGAGUGCUCUGCCAUCUGUGUUCUAGAGCAGCCCUGGGCCCUUGGGGAUGCCCGAAUUUUGCUGGUGCAGAGGCCCAACUCAGGUCUGCUGGCAGGACUGUGGGAGUUCCCAUCUGUGACUGUGGUGCCGUCAGGGCAAUGUCAGCGCAAGGCCCUGCUGCAGGAACUACAGAGUUGGGCCGGGCCCCUCCCAGCCUCCCGCCUCCAGCACCUUGGGCAGGUGGUCCACACCUUCUCUCAUAUCAAGCUGACAUAUCAAGUAUACGGUCUGGCUCUGGAAGGGCAAACCCCAGUGACCACACCAUCUGGCGCUCGCUGGCUGACCCGGGAGGAGUUUCACACAGCAGCUGUCUCCACGGCCAUGAAAAAGGUGUUCCGUGUGUAUGAGGGCCAACAGCCAGGGACCUGCAAGAGUUCCAGAAGAUCCCAGGUGUCUAUUCCAGCCAGCCGGAAAAGACCCAGCCCAGGCCAGCAAACCCUGGAUAGUUUCUUUCGGCCCCAUAUUCCCACUGAUGCAUCCAAACUCAACAUUGCAGCCCAGUGAUGCCUCUGGAAGCCCCCACUCCUUGAGAAUGCUGUUUUUUAAUAAAGUGCUUAUUUUUGUAGUU